AUGAGUAACUUUUAUAAUAUAUUUAGGGAAAACAACACUGACAGUGACUCUGGCGAAGAAAACUCUACUAUUUCUACAUCACAACCAGGAAGAGAAUUAGACGAAUCUGACAUUUUAAAUCAACAAAGAAGAAGGGUCCAACAAUCAACUACACAAUUAAAUACAACGCCAAUCAAAGGAUCAAACAACCAAUUUACUAACCAACCUAUUAUAAAUAACCUAGAACAACAAGUAACAACAAUGGAUGCCACUCAAUUCAAUCAAUUAAUAGCAGCAUUAGGACAACUCACUCAACAACUUGAAGAUAAACACUUUGCUCCAAUUUGGGACAUAUUACAUAAUCCUAAUGCAACUGUUAAACAAAAAGCACAAAUAUUACAAGAAGCACAUGACAAUCCUACUUCUGGUCACCUUGGAUGUGAUAAAACAUAUGAAAGAAUUACUCAAACAUAUUAUUGGCCUUGUAUGAGUAAAGAUGUAAAGAAAUAUGUUGCUACAUGUGAAUCAUGUCAACAAAAUAAAGCCACAAAUCAACAACCUGCAGGUCUCUUGCAAACAUUGCCAACUCCAAAUAAUCUAUGGGAACAGGUUACAAUGGAUUUUAUCAUCCAACUACCUCAUACUUCCAAAGGAUAUGAUGCUAUUGUAGUAUUUGUGGAUUUUCUUUCAAAAAGAGCACAUUUUAUUCUUUUAAUUACAGAUGUGACUGCUCCUGAUGUAGCAAAAAUUUUCUUUGAUCACAUUUUUAAACAUCAUGGAUUACCCAAGGCUCUUUUCAAAUUGUUAGGAACAAAAUUAUCAAUUUCUACAACAUACCACCCUCAAACAGAUGGACAAACUGAAAUAAUGAAUCACACUCUGGAGGAAAUGUUAAGAGCUUACACAACUUAUCAUCAAGACAAAUGGGAUGAACAUCUUCCUGCAGUUGAAUUUGCUUAUAAUAAUUCCAAACAAGCUUUAACUGAAAUGACACCUUUUGAAUUAGACAAUGGACAACAUCCAAUGACACCAUUGGAACUUAUAGAUAGUAAUACCACUAAAGUUGAAGCAGCUGAAAAUUUGUAUAUAAUCUGGAAAAACAAUUUACAAACUGCUAAAGAUGCUUUAUUAGCUGCUCAAGAAUGA